AUGUAAAAUUACUUAGAGCAAGUUCAAUAAAUGCUAAAAAUACAAAAAUUUCAAAGGAUGUGGAAUUAUUGUUGUUAGUUUUAUGAAUUUGGAAUACUUCAUCCCACUUUAAAUAUUCAGUUAGGAAUUGAAUUUAGUGCACUUGCCACAACACCAUACAGACUUAUCUAACUGUUAUUGUCAAAACACUUUUAUUUUUCCUAAAAUUAUCUAACUCCAACUUAAACAAAAGAAUUUGAUGAGAUGCUUUCGAAGAGUGAUGAAUUUGAUUAAAGGAAUUUAGGGUAUAUUUUAAGCAUCUAAACUUAUAGGACAAUUUUAGGAAUGAUUGUGCUAGGAGCAAUAGGUUUUUUUGUUUUUGGAUUUGCUUUAGUAGGUGGAAUCGGAGGAGGUGUUUUAGGAGUUGUAGGAGGUCAUUAAGUAGGAAAGAGAAUUAAGAAGACUUUAUAAAAUAAAUAGGAUAUAAAGGAAAUAGAUAUUUAUGAUAUAAAAUUAAGAACUAUUUUAAAAUGGGCAUAACUACAGAAAAAGAAAUACUGUUAUAAUAUUAAUCUCCAAAGAUUCGUAAUUGAAAAAAUCUUAACAGAAAUUAAGAUAGCUCUUCAUUUUAAGUAUUUUUCAACUAUCAACUAAACUCAACUUUAGAAUCUAUUGAAAAAGACCUUUUUAUUCCUUAAUCAAGAUUUGUAUUUGUGUUCCAUAGAAUUAAGUUUAUUAUUGUUGGAAGAGUAAUUAAAGAUUUUAAGGUAUUUUAGUUUGUAGGAUUAAAAUGUAUGUCUAAACGAAGAGCAAAUGAAAUUGCUUAAUCAAUAAAAUAAUUAUAGAAAUCAACUGGAAAUCUCUGUGUUGAAAGAAAUAGACAAUGUUAUUAAACCAGUAGUGUCAUUAUUUUCAAAUUAACUACCUGAUAACAAAUUACCAUUGAUAAUUAAAAAGGCAAGGGAGUUCAUUUAUUCAAAUGAGAUUGUUCAAUUGUCUAAGUAAUUCCCUGAUCCAUAAAUGAGUAUCUAUUACAUAAAGAUGCUGAGUUCAUAAUUAAAUUUAAGUGUAAAUACAACAAAUCUCAAAUUAUAUGUCUAAUAAUAAAACUUCAGAAAUCUAGAGAAUGUUGGUUAAGAUAUUUAAUGCAUUAUACAGAAAUAGAAUAAAAAAUAGAAAAUAGUAUAGGAAGAUGAAAUAAAAAUAAAUAUAGAAUAAGUUGAAAAUGAAGAAUAAUAGUGUGAUGUCAUCGUUUAAAAUAAUGAAUCGUAAAUACGACUAGAACAAAUUGUAGAGUAAAAACCUAAAGAUAUUUAAUUGAGAUUACAUUCUCAUCCAAAUAAAAUCAAUUUCUCCAAAAUUGAUCCUAAAUACUACAUAAAUUCAACACCUUAUCAAUCUUAUGAGGAUAUCAUUAAUAACUCAGAAAAGGAAAAAUUAUUCUCCAGAUACCCUUAACACUAUUGUUAAUUAUCCAUUGAAAAAUUUGAUUUAUUCUUAUAAUUGAUACAUGAACCUACUGAUAAAUGGGAUUUGGCAAUUAACAAUAAAGAUGCUUAAAUUUACAAAACUUUAAAGGAAGGCUCUGACAAUGUGUUUAUUAAAGGUUUUGGUAUAAUAAAAAAUGUAAAUACUAUAUUAUUUAAAUUUGAUAGACCUCCUUAGAAUUAGCCUUGAGAGUAGUUUACGAUAUUAAAUUAAGGAGAGAGUGGUAAUUAAAAUAAUUAAUUAAAUAGGGAUAAAUUACUAAGGGAUUUCUAAAUUAUAAAAACGGAAUCUGAAGAUAUUGAUAUAUUGGCAUAUUAUGUGCAACCUCCAAUACGUCUAGUCACUCCUAGAGAAUGGGUUUAGAGAAGAAUUUUGAGAUACGAUUUUCCAGAAAAAGGGUAGAUCACUUUAAUAUUCUAUUCUAUUGAUUAUCCUCAGCAUCCAGUAAAUAGAAACAGAAUUAGAGCAUACACAGAAAUAUCAUCCAUGAUAUUUGAGGAUUAUGAAUAAAACAAUGUAAAAAUCUCGAUUUGUUCUAACAAUGAUAUUAAAGGAUAUAUUCCAAAAAUGAUUGUUAAUAGAGCCAGUGCUAGCGGACCUAUUGAUUGGUUUAAGAGUUUAUAAGAAGCUUGUAAUAAAUAUAGAUGA